AUGUAUCACCUGGUUGUGGCUGACAGACAGCAACUUUUGGGUGGAAGGGAUGGACCGGUAGUACAGCUGGAUGGUGGCCAAACCAACACACGGUGGUUCCAGAGUGUGGUGGAUGUUGUGCCACAUGGGAAGACCCUGAGAGAGCGGGCGAAGUCCCAUAAAGAGACAGAGGGCGAGGCGGCAGAAAAGACAGAAAACGUCAAGAAAGAUGACGACUCACCAUACAGCCGCUGCAGCGCUGUGGAUCUAGACAAGGAUUUGGUGGACUGGCGGAAGCCCCUGGCAUGGCAGGUGGGCCACCUUGGAGAGAAAUAUGAUGAAUGGGUUCACCAGCCAGUCGACAGACCCAUUCGGCUUUUUGGUAACCCGUUGCUGGAGGCCAGCACCAAGACCUCCUGGUACUGGGUUCCGGUGGUGUGGCUUCCUAUUGUCUUCUAUCUUAGCUGGUAUUGCUACACAACCCUGGCACAAGGAACCACCAGGAUAGUCAUCACGUCAGAUUUCUCUGUCCCGAUACACAAGUACAUGUUCCCUGUGCUUUUUCUGGUUGGCUGGUUUUUGUGGUCGUUCAUCGAGUACUGCAUCCAUCGCUUUGUCUUUCACAUGAAACCACCAGCCCAUAAUUACUACCUCAUCAUGCUACACUUUCUCCUGCACGGACAGCACCAUAAGUCUCCGUUUGAUGGCUCUCGGCUGGUCUUCCCUCCCGGUCUGGCCUCCUUGGUGGUGGGGAGCUUCUACGCGGCCCUCCACUACGUCCUCCCAGACGCCCUGGGGAUGUCUGUGUUCGUGGGUGGGCUCUGCGGCUACGUGGUGUACGAUAUGAUCCACUACUACGUUCACUAUGGCUCGCCCAAGAGAGGCUCCUAUCUGUACGGUCUGAAGGCCUACCACAUCAAACAUCACUUUGAGCACCAGAGAGCAGGUUUUGGAAUCACCUCCACAUUCUGGGAUCACCCCUUCAACACAGUCAUCCCUGAUGAGAAAUUCUAAUACAGAACCGGGCCCGCUGACGGGCCUCAGGACUUAAACCGCUGCGAGCUAAAUUCACCCUGUAACCUUUUACAUCUGCGGUCAGACGUCGGCCUGAAAAUCCACUUCUGACCACUAGGGACGCUGCAACUACUGAAAUCAGCCUGUGCACGCCAUCAUACACACACACCAGCCUGCUUUUUAAUUUCUGAUGAAAAACAGUUUUGUUUUGUUUUUUUACUGACACUUUACCCGUCUGCUCUGUUUUGUUGUGUUUUUUUGUUGCGUUCAUCCCGCUGCACAUUUGGAACAGCACGUGCACAUCUGACACGUAUCCGGUGCAGAUCGGCUCCAUUGUGGCUGUUGGCGCCGACCAGCAGCCGUUUUACCGUUUGACUGUUUCCAAAGGUGGAGAAGCUCACUCCCAGUUUUCUUUCUUUUUCUUUUCUUCGGAGCAGCUCCCUGCUGUGAAGCACAAAUUCAUGUCUGACUGAUGCUUUUAUCGAUUCAUGGCUGGUUGAAUAUGAAUGUUACAUAAUGCCCUCAUUUUAAUGACCAUAGAGACCAUCUGCUCUCACUUUAUUCUAUAUUAUCACUUUAUUCUUCUCAAUCAACAAACAAUAAUUCAGUAAAGUGAACUCACUUUGUAUAAUUUGUACUAAAUGAAACUGGAACCAACAAAUGGAACCACUGGAGUGCCGCCGCCCUGCUUCUGGCGAGUGUCCUGUGGACGCUGCGGAUCCACGUCCGAGUCCAAAUGGACCGAUUGCGCUGCUGAUGCGCUGAUGGUGUGCACCUGCUGCCAAGUGGUUCUGUGCUAUGAUAUUAAUCCAACUAAAUAAUCAGUUCUGCUGAUAUGAUCUUUAUUUGGCCGAACAUACGCCUGAAGAGAACAAGUCACGGGCUGGUCAGAGGAACACACACACACACACACAUUCAGUGGCAUGGGCAUGUUUGAGAUCUUUGUGCUUUUACACUUUAAAUAUUUUUUUACGCCAUCAAUUUUUUUAAUGUAAGAUUUCAAAAAAAUUUGCAGCCUUAUAACUCAGUGGAAACAAGUCACAUACUGUAAGAUCAAUAAAAGUGAUCAAAACAAAAUAAUGGAACAGUUCAAAGUCUCUGAAUAUGUCUUGGACUUCAUUUCCAUCAAUCAUUGAGAAAUACAGUACGGUGAAUCUGGAGUCGGCACUUUUCAAAUUGAGCGACUGUACACGAACAAGACGACUAAGGGAAGACACCAAGACACCCAGACAACUCUGCUGUGACUGGAGAAACUGCACAGUGCAACUUUGUGCCACCAGUUAUACAUCUAAUAUUGAUUAAAUGCGGUGGAAGAGUUGCUUGGUGAAUGGAUUUGAUCUUGACUGUUGACCUUUAAUCCUGAUCACUGAUCUUUGAUCUUGACUGAUUACCUUUAAUCCUGAUUACUGAAUUUUGAUCUUGACAGAUGACCUUUGAUCCUGAUCGCUGAGCUUUGCUCUUGACCGGUGAGCUUUAAUCCUGAUAACUGAUCUUUACUGUUGACCUUUAAUCCUGAUCUUUGAUCUUGACUGUUAACCUGUAAUCCUGAUCACAAAGCCUUGAUCAUGACUGUUGACCUUUAAUCCUGAUCACUGAGCAUUGAGCUUGACUGUUGACCUUUAAUCAUGAUCACUGAGCUUUGAUCUUGACUCUUGAGCUUUAAUCCUGAUCACUGAUCUUUGAUCUCAAAUAUUGACCUUUAACACUGAUCACUGAGCUUUGUUCUCGGCUGUUGUAAGGGGAGUUUUGUGUGUGUGUGUGUGUGUGUGUGUGUGUGUGUGUGUGUGUGUGUGUGUGUGUGUGUGUGUGUGUGUGUGUGUGUGUGUGUGUGUGUGUGUGUGUGUGUGUGUGUGAGAGAGAGAGUGGGGGGCUGUUGAUAUGGUUACUGGUAGUAGGCAACAGGCUGGUCAAAGUGGACACGUACGUACACACAUCUGACUUUUGUGUGUAAGAGUUUUUUCCCAUCAUUAAAGACAUUGAGUUGUGUAAAAGCGCGAGUGUUCUCAAGCCUUAGCAUGCCACUGUUUGCAUACACGUGUUGUUUAGGUUUUGAGUCAUGUGACUCCUCUGAUCAUUCAGACAAGCAGAGUGAAGAAAUGGAGAAAUCAUUGUUUUCAAGCGAAACCAGAGGUUCACAAAGGACGUUUCCUCAGAGUGAGAAGAUCGGCAAAGGCAGCGGACAGCCGCCGCACAAACACGGACGAACACAAACACGGCUGCCGCCUUCGUCUCUUAGCCGAGACAGAAAACACAGUCAGUACACAUAAGUAGCAUUUUUCUCUGGAUGUUCAUUUAUUAUGUCUCAGGUUUGUCUGAGGAUGAAUUGAUGCGUCACAAAAGACGCCAUUAUAACUGUUCGUGUAACGAGGGAGGGAUGACAUCACUGAAGGUCUUUACCAAGCAAAAUCCCUAAAGCCGCCACAGUCAAAUGUUGUUUUCGCCAUUUUUUCAUAUAUUCACGUUAAAAAAAGAAACAUUUGACAGCGAGCCAUUUUCUUAUUUUCUAAACAAUGAUCAGGAGUUUAUUUCCCCUAAAUUCUGCAUAUCUGACAGAUUUCCUUUUCCGUACUAAGUGGCCAUUACACCAUCAGACAUCGUGAUGUGACGUUCAGCUGCUUCAUGUCUCUGGCGGCCCUCAGCGAGCUUCAGCAGUCACAUGACCUUCUGAGGAAAUGUCCUUUAUGAUGUCUCUUUUCCUGCUUCCGGACGGAUCACACCGAUAAAAGUUUAUGCAUUGUUAGCUUCCGGUUGGUAGAGAGGGGACAGGAAGUGAUAGACGGCGACUGAAUGUGGCGGGAGAGAAAAAUAAGUAGAGUGAGAGAGCGAGGCUGUGAGAGACGGUGAGAGAGAGAGACAGAAACAGAGAGAAAGCGCGGGACAGUGCACUUGUGUUUUUGUUAUUUUGCCAUUUAAGCCAACUCAGGAAAAACGUUGCGAUCGGCGGUGGCUUCGCUACAUGACCGUCGUAACUGUCUUUACUACUCUGCUACUCACGUUUAUGCCGGGACAUACUUACUGCACCGUGCGCGAUGUCGCUGUCUUUCUCGAACAGCCACGAACACAAACGGGGCCGAGAUUAAUUAACGUCUGCAAAAGUGUUGUGCGCGAACGCAACAUUUGGUGCAUGUUAACAAAUCAGGACGCUUGAAAAUGUUGUGGAGAUAUAUUUUUGCAAGCUGUUGUAAGAUUUCUUCCAUCGUCUUUUAUUAUUUUCUUUUAACGACUACGAUGCAAACACAAACCGUUUUAUAAGAUGUACAGAUUUUCUCAUUAACUGUACCAGACGUUUUUAUACGUGUUAGACAAAGAGGGCGCCAGUGAGCAGGCACGUGAGUGCGUUGUGAUGUAAUGAUGGAUGGAUGAUAAACUUGUCGUGUUUCCUGAGGGACGGAGCUGAAGGCAUGAUGCCGGCCUGUCGGGCCUCCUGCUAUGGGUACCUCGGGGUCAAAGGUCAACAGGUUGCAACAGUCACGUUUUUGGAAAUUUGUGUUUUUAAUUGUUAUUAUUGAUUGGUGUUUAUUGCUGGUUCAGCAGAAUUUGAUCUUUGGGGAGAUGUUGCAAAGCAUCAACAUACUUUUUUUCUUUUUGUUUUUCUUUUGUUCAUCUUUCUGACCCAACUGUGGGUCCUGUCACUCAGCAGCCCUGCAGAUCCCCACAGGAUGACGAUCAAACUGCAUCUGACUGCACAGCAGGACGGCCCGAUGGCCCUCGCAGAUCCUCACUAAGUCUUUUCUAAACACGCGACAAGAGCGAUUAAAGCAGGACAUUUUGUAAUACUAAUUAACGGAAUUUACAUACAGAUAAUAAAUAUUCUUUAUCCAG